UUCUCUCCCACGAAGCUGGCUCCCCGGAAGUGGCAGCAGCGGAGCUUCACAACUUUCUCGUAAUUCCUCCCCCUGACGUGCAGCCGUUUGCCGCGACUGGAAAAUUUACACCAUGUCGCUCAUUGCCGGUGAGGAGUUCCAACACAUUCUUCGUGUUUUGAACACGAAUGUCGAUGGCAGGCAAAAGAUCAUGUUUGCUCUAACCUCCAUCAAGGGAGUUGGGCGUCGAUUCGCCAAUCUAGUCUGCAAGAAGGCUGAUGUCGACAUGAGCAAGAGAGCCGGAGAGCUUUCCGCAGCGGAGCUUGAGAAUUUGAUGGUUAUUGUCGGUAACCCUAGGCAGUUUAAGAUUCCCGACUGGUUCCUGAACAGGAAGAAGGACCACAAGGAUGGUCGUUACUCACAGGUCGUGUCCAAUGCCCUCGACAUGAAAUUGAGGGACGAUCUUGAGCGACUCAAGAAGAUCAGAAACCACCGAGGUUUGCGUCACUACUGGGGUCUCCGUGUGCGUGGACAGCACACCAAGACCACUGGACGUCGUGGAAGAACUGUCGGUGUGUCGAAGAAGCGAUAGAAGUGUUGAUAUAUACAAAUUUUGCAUCUUAUCAAAUGUAAACCCGCAAUACACAGGUGUUGAAGUCCUGGUACUGCUUGAAUGCAUCACUCGAGAAUGUGGAUACCUAUUGAGCCUUGGUCUAAUUUUUCGCCCACGGGGAUAUGUUCCAUUCACGCUAAUUUCACAGUUGGUUACUGUUUUGAGGUGAA